CGCUGUGAUGUAAACAAACCCGCGCCGCGUCGUCUGCGUCUGUGAUCGGUGGAGGUCUCAGCCGGGAAGGUCUCAUAUUAUUUAACACCCUACCGGGCCCCACGUCGAUAAAGGAAUUAGUUGAGUGUGUGCAAAGACGCGCCGCCGCCACACCGACGCAGAAAUAAACAUACGUCAACAUUCAAACGCUGUGGUUACAUAUGCCAAGGUGGAUGUCCGGUGUUACGCUGCCAAAAGGAUGACAUUGAGGUGUCCCAAGGAGUGCCAGGCCGCCCCUCCACCAGUCUUUUGCCAGGCAGGAUAAACGGGUCUGUUGGAGAGGAAAGGCCUGCUAUUAAGAGGCCUAACAACAUUUUACGAGGUUCAAAGCUGUGCCAGGCCGCGUAUCCAUCAGUCCAGCCCAGCACGAUAAAAGGGUCUGUUGGAAAGGAAAGGCCUGCCAUUAAUAGGCCUAACAACAUUUUACGAGGUUCAAAGCUGUGCCAGGCCGCGUAUCCAUCAGUCCAGCCCAGCUUAAUAAACGGGUCUGUUGAAAAGGAAAGGCCUGCUAGAAAAGACUAUAGCAAUCAGGAUUACCAUUAAUAGGCCUAACAACGUUUUAAAGGUUCAAAACUGUGCCGGGCCACUCAUCCAUCAGUCUUCAGCUAGCAAGAUAAACAGGUCUAUUGAAAAAGAAAGACCUGGAAGAGAAGAAUACAGCAAACAGGAUUACCAUUAAUAGGCCUAACAACAUUUUAAAGGUUCAAAACUGUGCCAGGCCGCCUAUCCAUCAGUCCAGCCCAGCAUAAUAAACGGGUCUGUUGAAAAGGAAAGUCCUGCUUGACAAGAUAACACAGCAAACAGAAUUACCAUUUAAAGGCCUAACACUGUCUUAUGAGGUCUAUGCCGCCUCUCCAUCAGUCUUCAGCUAGCAACAUAAACAGGUCUAUUGAAAAAGAAAGGCCUGGAAGAGAAGAAUACAGCACACAGAAUUACCAUUAAUAGGCCUAACAUCUUAUUUAUACAAUACUCAAGCAGAAGAAUGUCAGUGAAGACCCAACACGACUGAUGUGACAACCAUUUCCCCAUCGUACAAUAUCAUAAAGAAACUCCUCAUUUGAUUAGUCCUCCAUUGUAAAGAGAACGACUGAUGGGGUUGGUUCAGACUGGGAGUGUAAUGUAAAGCACCUCAGUGAGUAUUAGACUGGUAUUAAAGGGCCAACAAAUUACACCAUCGGAACUUCACCCUCUGAUUCUACUAUAAUAAAAGUAGAAAUUUAAACAGCAACAAGCAAAAUCUUCAUAAUGUCACUGAUAUUUCCAGCCAUGGCUUUCUCUCGCCUCUGUCAACAUCUUGUGAGGUUCCAUGGUCGGCAAAGCAGCAUCGUUCCCAUGAGGACAUGUAUAGGCCUUGCAAGCCGUUAUGGUUGGCGGAAGUCAAAUAUUGGCCAACGCUCCAUAUUCACUCAUAACACUGAGUCUCACGUCAAACUAAAAGAGAAGGAGCUGGACGUCAAUCCUGGCUUUGGCGUUCUUCAUGCCACAGGAACUAUUGAUUUCCUUAUUAAGCCAACAAAUGUACAGGAGUACCCAGAUGCAGACCGAGCCUUUGUUACAGUGUAUGGCCCACCCUCUGAGUCAUGCGACGGCAUCACAGUGGAGCUGACAGGGGAGCAGAGGGACACCCUGACAGUUUGUGCAGCACCAAAGUCGUCAGAUAUCUAUUGUGAGGUGACGGUCCCUAUUAAAUAUGACCUUGAUGUGACUCUAAUGGAUGAGGGUCGCCUGAAGAUCUCAAGCAUGGAGUCUGAUGAAGUUAAUGUGUCCACUGAGAAUGGAGAAGUGAACACUCGGGGCCUCAAAAGUCACAACAUUCACAUCAAAACCAAACAAGGACACAUUACUGCAGAUGGUUCCAUGCAGGGAAACAUAUUCAUAAAUGCUAAAAAAACGCAUUUGAAAGCCAAAAGGUUGCAAGGACUGGCUCUUGACAUAGAAGCAGAGGAGUUGACCACUGAAGUUGAGUCUUCUUAUAUGAACCAAGGCCAGAUCAAGGCUGACAGAGGAACAGUCAAGAUUAAUAAUCUUCAUGGUUGUACAGAUUUAUUAGUUAAAGAGGGUCAGGUUGUUAUCAAUGGGUUUCAUGGCCAGAUUGCAGGGUUUGUGGGAUCAGGCAAGAUGGAAGUGCAAGUUACAGAUGUCACAGGAAACUCAACCCUUCAUCUGAAGAAGGGUGACAUGAAACUCUCAGUUUUGGAUAACCCAAGACAUGACUUAGAGGUGACUGCUCCCUUGCUGAAGUUGAGUGAAGAGGUGAAGGCUUCUGGAAGCUUGUCACAGAGCACCAACCAAGUGUUCACCAUCAGCAGAAAUGACCCAGAAGCGAGUGUUCUCAGAGCAACAGUCGUCAACGGAUCAGCACAAGUUGAGUGUCAGAAUUGGUUUUCUACUCUUGGAAUCAGAUUAUCAGGAAAAUAAAAUAGGUAACACAAGAGAUGGAUAGACUAACUUGUAUACAAAGUGUGUAGUUUGUGUACUUGGCAUUUCUUACAUUAACUAAGAAUGUCACACAAUAAAUUUUGCCAAAAAAAAAAAAAUGCAUUUGCAUAAUUUACUUACAUAUAUUUAUAACCCCCAUGUAUUAGGGAUAUACUAAAAAAUAUAGCACACAGUUCCUGAAACAUUUAUAAUAACGUUUAGUUCAAUAUCUACAUGAUAAAAAAAUCUGAAGGCUGUGUGCAGCUCUUAUUCUUUGAAAGCUUGGAGGAAUUUUAUCAAAUUAUACUAAAACAAAUUAUUUUUGCCCAGAAAAGUCCAUAUGUUCUGUUGGUGAUCAAUAGAUUUUCCAAAUAUUGUUGGGUACAAUACUGAUUGUAACGAUGGAGGCGAGGCACCAAAGGAUCCUCACAAAGGUAUUUUGACUCGUCCUUAACCCCUAAAGGACCAGGGAUGGCUGGAUUUUCGGUACCGCUGGGACCGGCCUUCCCGUGCUAAACCCCGAAAAUUGCCUGUAUUCACAUACUCUCUACGCUUAACCUACAUUGCACGAGUGAAUAAGAUAGAUUUUGUACUAACCAUCAAGUCUUCCUCUUUCUAAUGACGCCAUCCAGAAGUCUCUACGUGCCGUGGUUACGGAGUGGAUUGACUUUUCCCACAGUGUUAUGAACUCGCUCAACGCGAGUAUAUGGCGUUAUCGAUACGUGUGCAGAAGGACAAAGAUGCAAAUCUUCAAGUCACUUGUUGAUAGAUCCUGCCUUGAGGUACUUUGGAUGGGAAGGGGCAAUACAUGGAGACUUGCCUGGGUAAUCCCCUGGCUUUGACAUUGUAGUGUGGGUGAGGUAACACACCUCCUGGCGUAUGCCCUCAUUGAUGGAUUGGAAAAUAUCCAUGUGGAUGCUGUGGGAAGGGAGUAGGUGUAAAUUCAGUCUUGUGCACAUGUUGCAGGCAGAGGUGCCACCUUAGAUGCUCAUGCCUCAGAAAUGUAAGAGGAGUGCAGAAUUUUACAUGCCCAGCUUGUGUAAGGAGAGAGCAAGGACAAGAAACUGAGAGGGAUGAACUAGAGGUGAAUGGAGGAAAGCUGAAUGAGGUAGAACAUUUCUGUUAUUUGGGAGAUGUUCUGGACUGUGAGGUGGCAAUGGAGAGGACAGUGAGAACGAGAGUGGUGGCAUCGUGGUUAAAGUGGAGGGAAGUGGCUAGUCUACUUGUGAAUUGUACCAUCCCUCUAAAGAGCAGAGCAGGGGUGUACCAAGCAUGUAUUAGAUCAGUGAUGUUGUAUGGAGCAGAAACAUGGGCUCUAAAUAGAAAAUUGAUGGAGGUAUUGAGAGCAAGCGAUUGCAAUAUGCUGAGGUAUAUGGCAGGGAUCAGGUGGCAAGACAGUGCAGAUGUAGCUUACAGAUGUGGAGUAGAGGACCUGGAAACAGUGCUCAGAAGGGAAAGAUUAUGAUGGUUUGGACAUGUGAAGAGAGCAGGGGAGGUUACAGUGCUGGGAGUUUUGGAGAGAUUGGAGGUAGAAGGGAGACCAGUUGGUAGACUUAGGAAAAUGUGGAGAAGGUGUAUACAGGAAGACUUGGCAUUGAUGGGAUUGGAUGAGCAUCAGGCAGAAGAUAGAGUAGAAUGGAGGAGAGCCAUAAAGCGUCCAACUGCUCAGGAAGAGUGAAAACGGAUGUUAAACGAAAUGAUGAUUGAUUGACUGAUAUUUACUAGUUUCUCGGUAUCGACCUUCUGCCUCUCCUGGUGCAGGAACUAAUGAUUUGAUGAUUUAUUGAUAAUGCUGAUGAUGACAGUGCAGACUAAUUCUUCCACGGUGAUAUUUGAUGUAAAAUAUUCUUGGCUGAGUUUUUUAUGUCAAGUAUUAUUUGUUUCUAAAUACUCAGCAAGAAAGAAAAUACUUGAAAUGUUUAAUUUUACUAUUUCGUGACUGUCAUAAACCUAACAUACAGUAUUUAGCUUGUGCUUCAACAUCUAUGAGUUUCUGAAGUUUUAUAACAUAUGAGCCAUCUAGAAACAGAAGGGCGAGACCACCAUUUUGACCGUUGGCGUGCUCCCUUUCUGACUCUAGAUGGCUCAGUUAUAAUUAGACUUGAUAAACAAAUGACUUGUGCUGUCUGUUGGUGCUGUGAAAAAAUGAUGUAAAUGUUCAGCUGUAGGCAAGUGUCUAUUGCAGGUUAGGGUUCCUCCUGCUUGAACACGUGUUCAACACAUUUCACACCACCAUUAAAAUAAAUAAAUAAAUAUUACAAAAUAUCUAAAAACAUGCAUCAGUCUUACUCUAACUUAUGCAUAAUCGAGAACAGUCUAGCACCAUAAUUGAAUUCCUCAAGAAUAUCAGAACUCAUUCAAACAUGAUAAUUCUAACACAAGAGCUUGAUUUCUCUUAACAGUCCAUUAGUCAAGCACUUCUGAGCAUGGCAUAAGAGCUUAACUCCUCAAGCACUCCCUCUCACUUUAAUUCUUUCCCAGCUGUGUUACACCUUGUAUUGCUUCUUGCUCUGUGAUGCUUUUUUUUUUUUUUUGUGUGUGUGUGUGUGUGUGUGUGUGUGUGGCAGACCCAACAAACCAUCUUCACAGCUUCCAAGGUGAAGAUCGAGUCAUUAAAAAUGCCAUUGAAUAUGUUUCAAACAAAUACUUUGAGCAAAGGAAGUCUUUAACAUCAUUAACCCAUUGUUGACAUAAUUAUCUCCUGUUUGAUUGGGACGGUUACAUCUGUGUUCAUGCAACUUUCACAC